GGUGAGUAGCCCUUAUAAUCGAUGAAUCUACAACCAUUGCUUUACAUCCAUCCGGCUAUCCGAACGAUGCAUGGAUGGAUGGGUUGAUGUGAAGCGAAAAACGGCACCAAUAUCGACAUUUUCGUCUUGGUCCAUUGACCAAUUUGCACAUCAGCACAUUGGCUGACAUUGCCAGCACUCUUCUUUCACAACAACUACACACCAUCCACCUCGUAGUAGAGUCCACAUCAAGACAUGCGUUUACCAACUGGUUCAGCAGUGUUGAUUGACUCACUCUACCGCCCAAUGUACUUUCAAUGAUUCCCUACCUCAACUACCUGAUCACUGAUUUCCCCCCCCCCUUUUUUUUUUCUUCUUCUCAACUUUCAGGCUAAGAAGGACGCUGCUGCCAAGCCCACGUCUUCAUCUGGAGGCAAGAAGGCCAAGAAGAAGUGGUCUGCUAAGAAGGUCAAGGAUAAGUCCAACAACAUGGUUGUCCUCGACAAGCAGACCUACGAACGUGUCUUCAAGGAAGUCCCUACCUACAAGUUCAUCUCCCAGUCCGUCCUCGUUGACCGUCUUCGCCUCAACGGCUCCCUUGCCCGUGUCGCUAUCCGUGAACUCGAGGAUCAAGGUGUCAUUCGCAGAAUCACCCGCCACGCUUCCCAGGUUAUCUACACCCGUGCUACUGGUGGUGAUGACGAGAAGAAGGCCGAGUAAAUGUCUGUGAUUUGCAGGUCAUAUUCUCAUAUGUGUGUUUGAUACUACCACAAUAAAACAUACAUGGUUUAUAGUAAUCAAAAGUA